AUGCCGGAAAGUGGCCGGAAAACCACUGUGAAAGAGCCAGACUGCAACAGCAGUGCAACGGGAGAAACAGACAGCCACCCCCAAGCCUCAACAGGCCGGCCCGCCCAGGCGGUGUCCGACCAGCGUGGGCAAUUGAACAACGGGCAGCCAAUAGCAGAUCACACCCAGAUCGCCCACCAGCAUCCCAGCACCAACGCGAGCAAACGAGCCCGACAACUGGGUCCUUACACUCAAGAAGAGGGAUGGCAGAAAUACUAUUCAGACAACCGAGUCAUUGUCCCAGGUAUACAGGCAAGGCUUCCAGGAAGGGCAUAG